UUCACAGCAAUCCUCCUGCCUCAGCCUCCCAAGUGCUGGGAUUACAGGUGUGUGCCACCACAUCCCACUAUUGUUUUCCUUGUUCUGAUUUUGGCCACUAAACACCAAGUAAAUACUGUGCGUGAGAUCUGUGUUGGGCCUUGGGGCUAGUAAGAUAGAGCAGCCAAGACUGGUUUUACAAACAGCAGGCAAACAAGUGAACCAAUCAGGAAGCUUCAUGAGAUGCUCUCAAAGUUGCUGCUUCAUUCCCUCAGCUCCUUCCCAUUUAACAGAGGGAGAACUUGAGUCUCAGUGGUCCCAUGCCCAUGGUCUCAUGGAAAGUAACAGGGCUAUUCUUUAUAAGCAGAACUCUUACCGAAUGCCUACUGUUUGCCAGGCAGGGAUGGAGGGGAAAUGAUAUUGCAUGUUUGUAAACAACUCAGUUUCUGUGACUCUCCACCUCUCUGUUUCUCUCUUUCCUUCUUUCUGACCUAUGGUCACCACAAAGAUGGGAGGGGGUGCUGUUUACAGGCCCCCAGACUCUGCAUGUAUGCAGCUGUCGAUGGCCCCUGUCCCCAGCUGGGCAACAGAUUCCAGGACUCCUCCUUUCCUCUUAGGGCCACCGUCGUAGUCCUCCAUCCCCCACUGCAGAUGCUGUACUAUGGCACUGCAAGGGUUAACGUCUUCACUGCUGCCAUGGGUGCAGAUGACAUCCAACCAGAAGCCUGCUCAGCUGCUUGCUCUGGUCUUGCAGCCAAUUAGAGACACAUGGGCUCCAGCUUUCUUAAGGAGCCAGUCUCUGUCCUUGAAAAAGAGGAGCCCCUAGCAACUAGUUAUUUUGGGGGAAGGAGCAAGGGAAUCCAAGGCUCUCAGAGAGAAGAUGAGAGAGGAAGAAGAAGAUAAAGCCAGGGAGGAGGCCAGGGUGGGUGGAACAGGGUGGUAUUGGUCUGACAAAAGUCAGAAUGAGGUAGAAGGGGAGAGUAGGUGAGUCUGGGGGGCUGUGUUGAAGCCUUUGGUUGGAGGGUACUCUGGGUAGUGGGGCAGGAUGCCCUAGGUGGGGCUUGAGGACCCGAAGGUGUCCCAGCUGGAGGGAAAGGUGGAGCUUCUGCAAGAGGAUGAUCCCGUCCACCAGCCAGACCUUCCUGGUGAAUGAUCUGGCAGCGGGCCGCGCCUACGACUUGUGCGUUCUGGCAGUCUACGAUGAUGGGGCCACCGCCCUGCCGGCCACGAGAGUGGUGGGCUGCGUGCAGUUCACCACUGCUGGGGAUCCUGCGCCUUGCCGUCCGCUGAGGGCCCAUUUCUUGGGCGGCACCAUGAUCAUCGCCAUCGGGGGUGUCAUUGUCGCCUCGGUCCUCGUUUUCAUCGUUCUGCUCAUGAUUCGCUACAAGGUGUACGGCGACGGGGACAGCCGCCGCGGCAAGGGCACCUCCAGGUCGCCCCCGCGGGUCAGCCAUGUGUGUUCGCAGACCAAUGGUUGGAGCCUCCAGGAAAUUUGCAGUUGA